UUGAAAACGUAAACAAGACUACAAAACACGAGAAACUUGAUGGAUUCAAACAGUGAUGUAGAAAAUAAUAUAGAGCUCCAGCUUUCUGAGCUAGAAAUGCUGGGAUCUAUGUUUCCAAACAAGGGCGAGCUUGAGCUUAUUGAUCCUGGAGUUAUUUCUGAUUUACACGACUUUUUAUCGGGUAAACUAGGAAGAGACAAAGUUCCAAAACUGGAGUACAACAUCAAUCUUAACAUUAUUGAGGCAAAAGUUAAUAUAAGUGUAUCACUUCCUAAUUCCUACCCAAGUACACCAGCUCAAAUAUCAGUGCACAGUGGGCACCUAGGAAGAACUAAUCACAAUGGAAUCAAUUUGGAACUCAGAAGUUUUCAACGUACAUUGGAGCCAGGAUCAAUCUAUAUUGGUUCAGUAGUAGAAUGGGUAAAGGAUAAUUUUCCUGCUUACUUGACCUUCCUAGAGGGAGAUAUUCCAGCCCCUAUCUCCAAAACCGAAGACAAGAAAACUUUCAGAAUGUGGAUUCAUUCUCACCACAUUUACAGCAAGUCAAAAAUGAAGAAUAUUGAAGACUGGGCUAAAGAAUUAAAUCUCACUGGUUUCUUUUUACCUGGGAAACCUGGCUUAAUGUGUGUGGAAGGAUUGGAAACAAAUUGCAACAUAUGGUGGCAAAGGAUUCGUGCACUAAACUGGCAGAAGAUUUCCUGUAAAUUAGAAGAACAUGACGAAGUUCAGAAAUUUCAAAAUUUCUCCAACAUUGCAGAUAUCAAAGCCUCAUCUGAUUCCUCAGGCAUGAAAGCAUUCUUAAACUAUUUAGAUGAACAUCAUAGUUCACAUGUUUUCAAAGAAUACUUUGGUUUUGAUGGGAAAUAAACAGCAGCUUGUACAGA